AUGGAAUCAGCAGACUUUGCAGCGGGUUAUUACCAAUCCAUGACCUACCUUGGAAUAGUUAUCUUACUCUCAAUAGUAUACCAAACUGGACAGAUAUCAAAGUAUAUAAGUCGUACAAAAUGGCCUGAAGUUCCGGAUUUACCUUAUAAAAGAGAAAAAACAGGUAGAAUAGAAAGGAAUAUUGAUAAUCCACGAGAGGCUGUUACAGUUGUACCGGAUGUCUCCAAUAUUCAUAGCACACCGAAAGUAUACUUACAUAAAUUUAUGAAUUAUACUGUUGGCGUGAUUACUGUUGGUGAUAUGUCAAUCGCCGAAAUCUUGUUGUUUGUGCUCUAUAUCGUGAUCAAUGUUAUUUUCCUUUUGCUACCUUUCUCGGCUGAUGCUUCAGGUGAUGAAACUUUGAGCAAAAGAUGCGCUUAUCUUGCAUUGGCAAAUGCAGCUUUUGUAUUCCCUCUGGCCACUAGGAAUUCGGUCUUCCUUAAAUUGUUUGGUGUCCCUUUUGAACGAUUGAUAAGAUUCCAUCGUUGGGUUGGACGUACCAUUUUCUUUCUUCUCACCUUUCACGCCUCUUUUCAAAUUCAACGAUCAUAUAAUACUUCGGUUUCCGAAGCUUUGUUUGGUACCCCAACUAAUAGAUGGGGAUUUUUAGCCUACCUCUCCAUAUUUAUCAUCAUUCUCACCUCUCAUUCCGUAAUACGUAGAAAACUUUUUGAAUUAUUUUACUGGAGUCAUUUCAGUUUUAUCUUUUUUGUUAUAUUCGGUUCUUUACAUCAAGAAGAGUUCAUCAUGUUCUUGGGCGUUGGUUUGGGUCUUUACGUUGUCGAUCGAUUCACCCGCUUUCUUAUUGGAAUUGGUCCUAUCAACGUGAUUGGAAUGGAAGCCAUUCAAUCUGGAGUCACUAGAAUUAUCUUUGAGUUCAAAGAUUAUUAUGAACCUGGACAAUAUAUGUUUAUUAAUUUUUCAAAUUUGAAACCUCCUGUUACAUGGAUAGCAUGGCAUCCCAUAUCAUUUUCUUCGGCCCCUAGUGUUAUGGAUGAUGGCGUUCAUUUUGCUAGCGUUCACAUGAAAGUUCAAGGUGGUUUCUCAAAAAAUCUUUACGAUAAGACACAAGGAGGAAUCGAACAAACUCCAUUAAACUUUAGAAUAGAUGGACCUUAUGGGAAACCAAGUAUCGAUUUUAUGCAAUAUCGUACUGUAACUUUAAUAUGCGGUGGUAUAGGUAUUACUCCGAUGAUUAGUAUCUUGCGUGAUCUGGUUGAUCGUCAAGUUAGCGGCAUGCCAAUAGUCACGCAAGCCAUAUACUUCAUAUGGGUUAUACCUGAUACUGAUGCGUAUCAAUGGUUUGGAUCAGAUCUACGUGAAUUAAUGGCUCGAGCUGAAAAUUUACCAGAAAACAAAUAUCUUCUUGACAUCAAAAUAUUUUUGACUCGUAGUACAACAACUCCAUCAUCAAUCUUUUUCCAAGGUCGACCCGACUUUUCGGUCCUUAUGCAAGAUAUAAAACAAUAUCAUGGUUCAGGUGAUAUCGCGGUUGGCGUUUGUGGUCCCGGUAUUAUGUUGAAACAAGUACGAAACGCUGCCAUCAAAUCAAGUGAUGAAACCUGUUUAUUUAAAGUUCAUUGCGAAACAUUUGAAUUGUAA